AUGGUACGUUUUGGCGGGAAAAUGGCGGGCCAGAUAGCGAGUUUUGGAGGGAACGGUGUAGGCCAGGUCUUGGCUGCUGCCGCAGUCGCUCUCCUCCUCCGACUGUUUUCCGGUCCCGGUCCCGCUCUGAUACCUGAGGACGAGUUUCCUGACGACGAAAGAAAUGACGCAGCCGGGGACGAUUUCCCAGAUACCGGGAAAGUUGUUCCGGUUACUAUCCGGUGGAGCAACAUCACAUGCUCACUCUCUGAUAAAUCCUCUAAAUCAUUGAGAUUUCUACUCAAGAAUGUGAGUGGAGAAGCAAAGCCUGGAAGAUUACUUGCAAUAAUGGGACCAUCAGGUUCAGGAAAGACAACAUUGCUCAAUGUUUUGGCAGGACAGCUAAUGUCAUCACCGCGGUUGCAUUUGUCAGGUCUUUUGGAAGUCAAUGGGAGGCCUAGUUCAAAUAGAGCUUACAAGUAUGCUGCUUUGUUGUAUACUUGUGAUGCUGAGCGUAAUGGAUAUGCUUUUGAUGUCUGCUUAUGUGAGACAGGAGGAUCUUUUUUCUCGCAGCUUACGGUGCGGGAGACACUGUCUCUUGCUGCUGAACUUCAACUUCCAGAGAUAUCUUCGGUGGAAGAGAGAGAUGAAUAUGUGAAUAAUUUGUUGUUCAAGCUCGGUUUGGUCAGCUGUGCUGAUUCCAAUGUUGGUGAUGCAAAAGUUCGUGGGAUAAGUGGUGGUGAAAAGAAACGUUUGUCGCUAGCAUGUGAACUCAUUGCUAGCCCAUCCGUAAUAUUUGCUGAUGAACCUACAACAGUAUGCACGGGAUACAUUGUUUACCAAUGCUAUGAUACUGAUGGAGGAAAUUCUUCUUCAAAUGCGAGGGUUGACCUGGUAGCUCUAGUGAAUCUGAAUGUGCCGAAUUUGGCUUGCAUUGAUUCUCAGCAUUUUCUAAUGCAGAGUGAAUUCAAUAGACUUGAUGCUUUUCAGGCAGAGAAAGUAAUGGAAACUCUCCGACAACUGGCACAGGAUGGACAUACUGUAAUUUGUUCCAUACACCAGCCUAGAGGCUCAGUGUAUAGUAAAUUUGAUGACAUUGUGUUACUAGCAGAGGGUGCACUUGUUUAUGCUGGCCCAGCACGUGAUGCUCCACUGACAUAUUUCUCAAAAUUUGGAGCUGUUGUCUCAGUUUUCCAAAGUUACGGAUUGAUUGUUGAUCCAUUCAACAGGUAUCAUUGCCCAGACCAUGUCAAUCCUGCUGAAUUUUUGGCUGAUCUCAUAUCCGUAGACUACAGUUCUGCAGAAAGUGUCUACACUUCGCAGAAAAGGAUAGAUGGUCUUGUUGAGUCAUUUUCACAACAAUCAUCAACAAUUCUUUAUGCAACUCCACUUACCAGAAAGGAGGACUCCAAGAAAUUGAGCAAGAAAACUGCUGUAAAGGGGCAAGGCAAAGGUUCUUGGUGGAGGCAAUUCUGGUUGCUCCUUAGGCGUGCAUGGAUGCAGGCUUCUCGUGAUGGGCCAACAAACAAAGUUCGGGCAAGAAUGUCAGUUGCAUCAGCUAUAAUAUUUGGGUCAGUUUUCUGGAGAAUGGGAAAAUCUCAAGCAUCUAUACAAGAUAGGAUGGGAUUGCUUCAGGUUGCAGCAAUAAACACAGCAAUGGCUGCUCUCACGAAGACGGUGGGUGUGUUUCCUAAAGAACGUGCAAUUGUUGAUAGAGAGCGUGCUAAGGGCUCUUAUGCAUUAGGACCUUAUCUACUUUCCAAAUUGAUAGCCGAGAUUCCUGUUGGAGCAGCAUUUCCAUUAAUGUUUGGCGCUGUACUGUAUCCCAUGGCUCGUCUUCAUCCUAACUUUUCAAGGCUUGGAAAUGUUUCGUUUAUACCAGUCAAAAUGUUUGAAGUUACUGAAUUCGGACUGGUGCACUCCAGGUUUGGAAAAUUCUGUGGAAUCGUGACAACCGAGUCAUUUGCUGCAUCUGCAAUGGGUCUAACUGUGGGAGCUAUGGUUCCAACCACUGAAGCAGCAAUGGCAGUCGGACCCUCUCUUAUGACUGUUUUUAUAGUAUUUGGUGGCUAUUACGUCAAUGCAGAUGAUACUCCAAUCAUCUUUCGAUGGAUUCCUCAUGUCUCCCUGAUAAGAUGGGCCUUUCAAGGACUUUGCAUCAAUGAAUUUAGAGGUCUUCAGUUUGAUCAUCAAAAUUCGUUUGAUGUAGAAACUGGUGAACAGUCAUGUAUAUUGACAAGUUCUCCUGAGGAAAACAGCCCACAAUUCGAAGAAAGGUCUGUAUUGAUUUGCAUUAUAGCGAAUGUGCCUAUAGCGCUUAUUAGUUAUAACUUGUCGGCUGAAAUGAUCCAUGCCACUAAAGUUGUGCAUUUCUUGAGUGCACUUGAACGGCUCUCCUUCGGUGGAAGUCGCGUUAAGGAUACAGUGGUAGCUCAAAGUAGAAUUUUGUUGUUUUGGUAUUGCACCACGUACCUUCUCCUUGAGAAAAACAAGCCCAGAUACCAAAGGCUUGAGCCACCAUCUCAUGAACAAAUCCAAUCACAGCUACAACUUGAGCCUUUGGACCCAAACCAGGUAAAACAACUCCAGCAACUGGAUCCUCCUCCACUGAGAGAAGAUGAAUCAAACCAGCAGCUUGAAUCACCAACUGUUGACCAAAUCCGACCAUUUAUCUUAGAAGGUUUGUACAAAGUAAAGAAGAUGCCAUUGCAUAAAGGUGGGCCUGAUGCCUUUACUGAGCUAACGAGCUGCUUCCAUAGAACUUGA